CUACCAACAAAAAAACAAGAUGCAUUUUAUUCUUGGAAUGUAACCAUGGAAAAAAAAAAAAAAAAAAAGGAAAGAGAAUGAAAGGAUGAAAGCGAGGAGGACCUAACGGAAGGGGGCGAGCAAGAAAAGGAAAACAAAGACUUGAAUGCAAGGACAAAAAGAAAUGACUUGAAGCGCCAAAAACAAAAACUAUGGUGAUUGUAAAGCGGUUCGGUAGUAUAAGGGUAGAAGUAAAGUUACAAGUAAGGUAUCAUGGGAGGCAUAGGGGGCAUGGGAGGCAAAGGUGGAAGAGGAACCAUAGGGCUCAUGGGAGGCAUGGGAAUCAAGGGAGGCAUAGGAGGCAUGGCAGGCAUGGGAGGCAUGGGACUGAUGGGAGUUACAGGAGGCAAUGGCAAGGAAGGUACGGGUGGAAUGGGAAGGACAGGACGAGCAGGUUCUGGGUUCCAGAUAGGCAGCCAAAUAGUAGGUGGGAUAGGUACAGGAACAUUAGGGGUAACGGGUGGGACAGGUUGGAGGGGUGGAAGAGGCAUCGGUACCAGACCCAAUUGCUGUUCGUGAACGACGUCCUUGUUGCCUGCUUCCUGAGCGAUAUCAGCAGCCGAAACGAGUUGAAGGAGGCUAGCGAAGAGACCCAGGAAGAUGAUAGAGAUAGAGCUUUUCAUGUUUGUGUUGUUUUGCGUUGUGUUGUGUUGUGUUGUGUUGUGACGUUUUGUAAAGAAAACUCGAUUUUGUUUCAACAAGCUAGCAUUUAAAUAAUGGAAGGGUCCAACUUGUGCCUCAUCUGACUCUUUGAAAAAUCCAACUUUUCGAAAGUUUUGAACAAACGCUGUAGAGUCGAUAUUUAUCACGAAAAAGAAAAAGGCGAUC